GGCAGCUAAUUUUUGCAACAAAAUUAUAUGUCACGCAAUCGUACUAAUUGGAAACAAGAUCGAUGUGGAAGCACGUAAACCAAUCCACCACGUAACCCAAUCAAGGUAUGGUGUAUCCUCUACCCGGAUAUAUAUGAAGCAAGAGUGGCAGGAGUAUCGUUCAAGCUUCGCUCCCUGCGGUCAUUCCGCCGUUGCCAUACAUAAGCAGAGGAACAGCUGCCGCUACCUUCUAUCAACCUCCAGUGGGCUUUCUCCGCAGUCAUAGGCGGCAGCUUGGUCAUGGCCGCCGAGGCCGUUUUGCUAUCUCGCUCUGACUUCCUCCUCUCCUUCGUCUGCUUCGUCUUCUGCUACUACUUCUGCCAGAUAUUCCGGCGGUCGAACGUCCCGGUGAAUUGGCCCGUAGCAGGAAUGUUGCCGGGGCUUCUGCUCCGCUGUCGCCGCAUCUACGACUGGGGCACCUGCUUGGUUCGGGAGGUCGGGUGCACCUUCGUCUUCCGCGGCCCGUGGUUGUUGGGCAUGAACUAUGUGUUGACGUGCGACCCCGCCAACCUGCAGCAUAUCUUCAGCGCCGGCUUCUCGAAUUACCCCAAGGGCGAGGAGUUCUCGGAGAUCUUCGACGUCCUAGGUGAUGGCAUCUUCAACUCCGACGGCGAGUUGUGGAAGAAGCAGAGGAUGAGGGCCCAUGGCCUCAUCAGCAGCCGGAGCUUCCGGUCCUUCGUCGCCGGCUCCAGUCGACGCAAGGUGGAGCAGGGGUUGAUUCCGCUGCUCGACGGAAUCGCGCGGCAAGGGACGGUGGUCGACUUGCAGGAUGUGUUCCUGAGGCUGACCUUCGACAACACUUGCCACCUGGUGUUUGGCGUCGAUCCGUGUUGCCUCUCGAUCGAGUUCCCGACCAUCCCGUUUGCGAGGGCGUUGGACGAUGCGAUGGGGGCUCUGUUUCUCCGGCACAUCGUGCCGCCGGCCUGGUGGAAGCUGAUGAGAUGGCUGGGAAUCGGGGAGGAGAAGAAACUGGCAAUGGCAUGGAAAGAAAUGGACCGUUUCAUAGCGGAAAGAACAGCAGAGAAGAAGAAACAGAGAAGCCUCGACAAGAAUCGCAUACAUGAAGGCGAAGAAAAAGUCGAUCUGCUGUCGUCUUACAUCGAUGACCACGACGACGAAGAACAACACAUGAGUCAACAAGAAUCGAGCAAGUUCGACAAGUUCCUGAGGGACACAACCAUGAACUUCAUGCUUGCCGGAAGGGACACGACUGGUGCAGGGCUCACAUGGUUCUUUUGGCUGCUCUGCAACAACCCCAUGGUGGAGUUCAAGAUCCUCGAGGAGUUGAAGAAGGUAGCAUCUCUACGAAACGAGAGAUCGAGCUCGGAUGAUCUGGUGGUAUUUGACGCAGAGGACCUGGGCAAGUUAGUGUACUUGCAUGCAGCCUUGUGCGAGUCGCUGAGGCUAUUUCCUCCGGUUCCCUUCGAGCUCAAAGCAGCUCUGCGACAUGAAGUCCUCCCAAGCGGCCACGGAGUUGGACCAGGCACAAAGAUCUUGGUUCCACUCCACGCCAUGGCGAGGUUGGAAGGGAUAUGGGGCGAAGACUGCUUGGAGUUCAAGCCGGAGAGGUGGAUCUCGGAGAAGGGGAGGGUGAGGCAUGAGCCAUCUUACAAGUUCCUGUCGUUCAAUUCAGGCCCCAGGACCUGCCUGGGGAAGGAAGUGGCCUUCACCCAGAUGAAGGCAGUGGUGGCCGCCAUGGUCUACAACUUCCACGUUGAGGUGCUCCAAGGUCAUGUGGUCGAGCCAAAGCUUUCCAUCAUCCUCCACAUGAAGAAUGGCCUGAGGGUUAGGAUCAAGAGAAGAUCACAUGAAGGUGUGGUGUGACAGCAAGUGCUUGCAUCUUCGAUUUGAAUAAAUAUUAUGUGUGUAUUCGACUUCAACUGUGUGUUCAUGCAAUGUUAUCUCGAUAGAUCAAGCUAAAUAAGAUGCAACUUGUUCUACUA